UUUAUUGUAGGGGAUGCUGGGUGAAUAGAAUAUUGCUCGUCCACAUUCACGGUGAACCAACAGAGCAGAAAGAGAGAAAAAAAAGAAGCAAAAUCCCACUUUCUGUUUCCCACAAAACAGUGCGAUCGUGUUUGCGCGUAGCACAAUAAGCGUUAGGCAAACAGUGCAAUUACAAGAUUGUCCCGUGGCGGAUCGAGCUACUGGUGCCCCGGGAAGGAAACACUUUGCAUUAGCGAUGCAGUAAACGGUGUGCAGUAAACAACAAAGUAAGCGAUUGCUUCCAGCCAGUCAUCCCUCCCGAUCCCACAAUGUAUUGCACGAACGAUGGCAAACAUCCACUGUCCGGUUCGAUUGGCGGUGAACCGAUAGGCCAUCCGGUCGGUGGACGCGACUUGCACACGCACGACCUGUACGGUGAGAAGGACGCGGAGCUACACUUUUGGGAUGGUCGAGAAUCGGGCACAAAUCAAAACACAACCCCGGUCAGCACCGUGCUACACUCACCCGAACCGGCAACGGCGGACCACGAGCCGAAGAUACGGUUCCAGCAGCGGCACCAGAUACAGGUGGGCCGGAGCCCGGUCGGUAGCGGAGGGCAUAACGGGAGCAGUGAUUCAACGACCGCGUCCAGCCCGGUCCUGAUGCAGCAGUGCCAUCAUUCAACCGUCAGUGCGGCCAGCAACAUCGUCCUGAUGCCUAGCGCCGGUUCGCACGUUUACUCCACACAAUCGAUUCUCGCGGACGGUGAGAUUGUGGUGUUUGACGACAUCGAACCGAACUGGGCGUCGGGCGGCAGCGGUGUGCACGGGUCGGAAAUGUCCAUCCUGAUGGGUGGAGGGACCACACCAAGCAAAGAAACGCACACGGCGGACAGCUCAAACAAGAUACAGACCAUCAUAGGAGGUCUAACGAUUGCUGAGUACGAGGGAUCACCGCGGCGGUUCGGCACAAUCUAUUCCAACAACUAUUCCACACCGGACGGUACGAUACGUCCCGGGAGCAACAGUUUCCCGCGUCCCGGUUUUCCAAAGCGUGUCGAAACAAUGGCAUCCGACGACGGACAGCCACGACUGAUCGAGCUGGGCGGCAAGAGCAACGAGGCGGGAAACUUUUACAAUAAGACCAACACGAUGGCGGGCAACGACAUGAAUUUUCAAAUAGAUACCAAAUAUUUCAACUGCAAACAGCAGGUAGCUUUAGAGGAGGACCUUAUCCCUGCCGGCAGCACCAGCAGCAUUAUCAAACCGCACAGUUUUGUUCUGUCGCCCGAAACGGACUACCGACCAAGAAGCUUUGAUAGAGCAAAAAGUGGCGGCAUUAGUGUUAAGAGCGAUGCAAAAGAAAUUCUCAACGAACCGUGCGUAGAGUAUGAGGACAUGUGCAAUAGUAUGCCGAUACUGGAGGAUGGCCUCUCCAGUGGUCAUGCAUCCGACUCGGAAGGCAACACGGUCACGAACAGUUGCGAUGGUAACGGGUCGGGUGGUCGAGGUGAGGAGGCGUUUGGUUCGCUAGGGUUGCAUAUGGUGCGGUCCGAUCAACACUAUCACCACCAUCAGCAACACCACAGCACUCAUGGCAGCGCGUACGAUGGGUCGGUGCAUGUGCAAAAUGGGCGCGAUUGUCUAGCGCACGAUAUACGGGAAGCGCUCAACGAUAUCAAGUCAACGUUGCAAAACACGAAAACGCUACCGGCGGACGAGCGACGGGAAGCGGUGGACCAAAAUGGGGAAAGCUUCGCACCGUACAGCGACGAUUCACCGGUCUGGGUGCUAAGAACUAUGGAUAGGCUUCCGGAGGAGCAGGAAAAUGCCGCUAGCUCAUCAAACCCGUCCGAACGGCACACAAACGCACCAGAGCUGGAAGAUGAGACGGACACCGAUCUGGAGACGGAUCGGCUCUUAGGCCAUCAGCAGAACGCUGGCGAGCAGAACUAUUACGAACAUAGUAGCUCCACAGAGAUGGGUGGUUUUGCGAAACCUAAAUCACCCAAUUCUUCUGCCACGCUAGCGAAGCUGAAACGCUACCAGACCGCUAUCAGGGCAGACAGCGAGAUUUACGUUCCUAGCGAUAUUACGUUAGAAAAUUUACCGGAAAUUGAAAGCAAAGGAAGGCAUAAAACAAGAGAAGGACUGCUGGAUCCUGCAGUACUCAUCGAGGGUGUUCUGUUUCGGGCGCGUUAUCUAGGCUCCACGCAGCUAGUGUGCGAAGGCCAACCAACCAAAUCGACGCGUAUGAUGCAGGCGGAGGAAGCCGUUUCCCGGAUCAAAGCUUUGGCACCGGCAGGAGAGUCACAACCAAGCACGGAGGUGGAUUUGUUUAUUUCGACAGAGAAAAUCAUGGUGCUGAACACGGAUCUGAAGGAGAUUAUGAUGGAUCACGCACUGCGGACGAUCUCCUACAUCGCCGACAUUGGGCAGCUGGUGGUGCUGAUGGCCCGCCGACGCUUUGUCGCUACCGGACCUGGUGCGCCGGUGGCCGACGGUGCGACGGAUGAUGCGGGCGGUAAUAAUGCGUCCGGUACCGAUGUGCCGCAGCAGGAUACGGGAACCGGGCCGCCCAACACUACUACCACCGACAACACCAGUCCGAAGAAGCGUACCGGAAACCGUACGCCGAAGAUGAUCUGUCACGUGUUCGAAAGCGAGGAGGCACAGUUUAUCGCGCAGAGCAUCGGGCAAGCAUUUCAGGUCGCGUACAUGGAGUUCCUGAAGGCGAACGGAAUUGAGGACCACAGCUUUAUGAAGGAGCUCGACUAUCAGGAGGUGCUCAACAGCCAGGAGAUUUUCGGCGAUGAGCUGGAAAUCUUCGCCAAGAAGGAGCUGCAGAAGGAGGUGGUGGUGCCGAAGGCGAAGGGUGAAAUACUGGGCGUGGUGAUCGUGGAGUCGGGCUGGGGCUCGAUGCUACCGACCGUGGUGAUUGCGAACCUGGCGUCUUCCGGUGCGGCAGCCCGGUGCGGGCAGCUAAACAUUGGCGAUCAGAUCAUCGCCAUCAAUGGACUGAGCCUGGUCGGGUUGCCGCUGUCCACCUGCCAGGGUUACAUCAAGAACACGAAGAACCAAACCGUGGUGAAGUUUACCGUCGUCCCGUGUGCGCCUGUGGUGGAGGUGAAGAUCAAGCGACCGAACACAAAGUACCAGCUAGGAUUUAGCGUACAGAACGGCGUGAUCUGCAGCCUGCUGCGGGGAGGAAUUGCCGAACGGGGCGGUGUUCGUGUCGGUCAUCGAAUCAUCGAAAUCAAUAACCAAAGUGUCGUUGCGGUGCCACACGAAAAAAUAGUCAACCUACUCGCCACAUCGAUCGGUGAGAUACUGAUGAAAACGAUGCCGACGUCCAUGUUCCGGUUGCUUACCGGGCAGGAAAAUCCCAUCUACAUCUAAGGUGUAUGCGAUCAAUGGGGGGCGGGUUGGGUGAAGAAGGAUGGGGUUUCCGAUCGCGAUAUACACAAAAGGACAAAACGAGUUUAGAAUCAAUUUUUCGCUGUUUCCCCCACUUAUUGCGCUGAUGGCACCCCUAUUCUUACUUUAGAUGGGAGCAAACGAUAAAGGAAAACGGAAAGGAAAAAAAAAACAUUGUUAAAUCUUCUUGUUCAUUAAAAUAAACAAAACAAAGAAAAAUAGACACACACACACAUACGCCCAAAAAAA